AUGUUUCUGUUUGCUUUUUUAAUGGUAAUGUUUACAUCUGGUAGUGCGUCGCUCGAGCUUUUCAUCUCUCAAAAGCAUGGCGUCGAUAAUUCAAGUUGCCUGCAACGAAACGCGAGCAAACCUUGUGGAUCUCUCAGUUAUGCACUUCAAAUUUUAAACGAAAGUACCUUAAAUGAAGAAACAGUCUUUGUGUUUUCUAUUGAAGACCGACGCUACAGUUUGCAAGAGAACGUUCAGAUUUUACAGCCUCGAAUGGACAGAUAUAUUUACAUAACGUCUGGCAGUGUUUCUACAGUAAUACGUGGCCCUGAUACAUCAGCGAUCACCAUAGGGUUGCAAGAAGCAAAGGCCACAUCUACUUUUAACAUUCAUAUGUCGAACAUCGAGUUUGAACAAUUCUCUCCCAAUGUUGCGGCCGUCGUUAUGGUUUGGCAGUCCAACAACAUCUCUUUCAACAACUGUGAAUUCCGAAACAACAGUCGAUCUGGUUUAAACGCAUUUGACAGCGGUGUUAAAAUAGAGGAAUGUUCCUUUGUCAAUAACACCUCCAACAUGCAAAAACUCAAGGAAUUAGACAAUCGGGUAAUCCCAACCUCCGUGUCCAUCUCUGGAGGGGCAGGGUUUGUGUUUGAACAAGCAGUUGGUUUGACUCUUGUCAUACGAAACUCAAACUUCAGUGGUAACUCAGCUGCAUUGAACAAGUCAGAGAAUUUUAUUCCUCCCAGUCCAUUGUCGCUUCUUCCUGGCUUGAACUUGAUAGGCGGGGGAUUGUUGAUAGUGUUCAGGUCCGUCGCAAGUUCAUGUAGCGCUCUAGUUGAGGACUCAUCUUUUGAUCGUAACCACGCGACUUUUGGAGGAGGAUUAUAUUACGCCUCCUCUCAGUUGGCUGCAGGCAAUUCAAUGGAAAUAAAAAGAUCGAGCUUCUCGAAAAACCGCGCAUCGCAAGGCGGAGGCGGUAUAAGCCUCACUUUUUCGGAUGAAGUAUCCGGUAACGCAAUCUGUGUCACGCAAUGCAUUAUCAGUGAGAACUGGUCUAGAAGAGGUGGUGGUUUAAAUGUAUUUUUAAUGAGUUACUUUGAACUAUUUACUGAAUCUCUGAUGCAGUUUAAAAACGUUACCUUGGAUGGAAACAGUGGCCGAGCUAGCGCUGCUGUUCGUCUUGAUACAACUCUUCCUGUUGGAUUUCCUAUAAAUGUUAUACCAGAAUUUAUUGAUUGCAUAAUACAGCAUCACUGCGCGAAUUACCUGACGUACACGAGCCCGUUUAUGAGUCAAAGGGUGAGCGCAAAAUUUACUGGACGCAAUAUCUUCAGAGAGAAUCACGGUGCAGGAGCAAUAGAGUACCAAGAGGGUCGAAUUCUCGUGAAUGGCUCACUAGAAUUCGUAAAAAACUCAGGAUCCUUUGGAGGGGCUGCUCUUUUAAGCUCCAGUCAGAUUAUUCUGCACCCGAGUAGUCAGAUGAUUUUCCUUCAGAAUUAUGCUAGUGGUAUUGGCGGAGCAAUUCUUGUACUUACGAGGUCGAAGUAUGAAUUUAUUCAUGUGUAUAAUCCGGAUUGUUUUGUCACUUACAGCGAAGAGAAGACAGCACCAUCCAAAUGGAAGGUAAGAUCUCUGAAUAUGUUGUCUUUAGAAAACCCUCAAGAACUGUGGCUCUCAUUGAUAUGUUACAUCUCAGCCAAUACGAUGCUAAGCCCUUACCAGCUCUGUCCUUCAAGUUACUGACUGUUUAUAGAAUCUUUUAGCGGACCUCGUUUUAUGUGGUUGAGCUGCUAAACCAAUUGAUCCGGGCUUAGGACCAGCUGCAUUGCAUGCAAUGCACUUCAGGCGUAGUUGCACGAAGUGAAACACACACCUGCCAGUGACCAUUCUCACAGACGAGUACACUACAAAGAUUAAACAAAGAAUUUUCAUUCAACUUUUCUCGAUUUUUUCCCGCGAUAAUAGCCCACCUCGGAACGUUUUUGAGCGCACACUAUUUCCACCCAUUAGCGAGCGAGCACAAUUAUGUGCAGAGCAAUAUCAGAAAAUCAACGUGCACAAGUUAAUCACAAAGAUAACUAAACGAAAGGUUUUUUUUUCUACUUCGAAAGGCAAAAGUGUCAUUCGUAAAGAACAGUGCCAAAGUCAAAGGUGCCGCCGUAUACAUUUCGACACUUAGUGCCUGUCUGUGGAACGAGAAGUAUCCUUUUUACAGUGUCCAAGAAGCAAUCCGUUGGAAUAAUACGUUUGAAUAUCACGAUAAUUUCAUCCUUCCCGCUAAGGAUUUUAAGGCGUUAACUGGACCAGAGUAUGACAUAGCAACUGAUACACACCACUUUCAAGUAGAAGGGAAUCAAGACAUAAAUGUAGAGGUAGGUUAAGCUCAAGCACUCCUCUCUCGUUUAACCCUCUACACCCCAACAUCAGAAUGCACAUUCUCCAUACUGUUCUCCAUACAUUUCUUAAGGUGCUAACUAGGAGAAUUUGUUUAACAAUCAAGAGCCUCUUUAGUUGGUGAUCAUUUCCUUUAUUCUCAUGACCUUAAUGUAUGAUUCAGAAGUGAUAUUGUAGAGAGAAAUUAGAUGUUAGUCAUCUUAGGGGUUAAAGAGUUAAAAGGCUUAAAGUAUAAAUUUAGGAAAAACUUUUUCCCAACUUCAAAGCUGUGCGAAGACGAAAUUCAUUCCAGUCCACUUGUGUCCUAGUGUCCGACUUUAGAUACUAGUGUCCGUUCUUAGACACCAGUGUCUGAUUAACGAUACUGGUGUCUGAUUCUGGACACUAGUGUCCGGCUCUCGCCUUCAAGACAUGACAUGCUGCGCUAUCAGUUCUAGCUUUUUUCUACAAACCGAAGCGCGUGUUUCCUGUAGGCCAGGCUAAAGUCAGUACGUGAUGUUAUUUUUCUUGCUUGUUCCAGCUCUCACCAGGCGAGGAUGUGUCGCUUAACGUCCAGGGUUACGAUGAACUAAACCACACCAUCUUCACCAUUGCGACUUUGUCUGAAACGGGUAUCUCUGACACUGAACCCAAACUUCAACUGGAUAACAUCAUGCAUCUGUUGUCUCCCGUCACCAAGCAAUCUUUACCGUUAGCGUAUCAGCUGGUUAACAAAACUGUAUACAACGAGGUGAAAAAUAAGUCAGUACAUCAUUUUCAGUUGGAAGACAUCUUUUCAACACUCAAGAAUAGAUACAUGUUUAACGUGACCGCAGUUCCUUGUAAACCAGGAUUCAAGUUUCAAGGGACAAAGUGCAAAUGUGACAAAACGAUCGAGGGUUUGCAAAGGUGAAGGCUUUCCAGUGUCUGUGUUUUUACUAACUUUGAGUCCGUAUUUGGUUUCAAUCUCAGUAUCUGAGCAACCGCGCACCUACCCCCCCCUCCCCCACCCAAAAUGAACCCUAACUUGUUAUUAGUUGACUGUUGUUGGGUUAAGGGAGGAGUAAGUGCGCAGUUGCCCAGAUACUGACUUUGAUUUUCUCUGAAAGGCACUUAUUACAUGUUGGUAAAUUUGCUGACUGGAUUCUCAUGCAUUUCGGACCUCCGCUGUGACAUGUGUUUAACGCUAUAACUCCCACAAGUGAUUAACAAAUACCCUCCCCAUGAAAUUCACACUUUAUCCAGGAAUUUGGUAUUGAGAAUACUCAAACUUAUCAGGUGGAAAUUGUUAUUUUGAUCAAGCACCAAAUUCUUGUUACUAAUUUACAAGGAAAUGUGUAGCAGCUAGAGGGGAGAAUUAACAAUCAGAUCUUGAGAGUGAAAGGGUUAUAAAAGAAUAUUAACCUUUCUAUGACUGACAAUGUUCGCUUUUAUAAACUUACCGACUUUGAUAACAGAUGUGAUGACGAUGACGGUACAAUCUACUUGAAAAAGGGGCAGUGGGGAGGAGAAGUCAAUGGUCGCCUGGUAACGUACUUCUGUCCUCCUGAUUACUGCCGCUGCGAGGAAGAAGGCGACUUGCCCGGAUGUGUAUUCAAACCGAAGUAUAUCGAUAAUCAGUGUAAUCAUAACAGGACAGGGGUACUCUGUGGCAAAUGUCAGCAAGGCCUUAGUGUCGGUCUAAGGUGAGUUCAAACCAUAUGCAUUCUACUGACCAUAUUCUAUUAUUUACACCUACUUCAGUAGUUAUAGAAGGUGGUUAAAUCUCGAUAUCUAUGAUCAUUGCUGCGGAAUUAUUGUAAGUGUGAGUUGAUCUUUUUAUAGCUGAGGGAGUACCAAUGCUCCUUGUCGCUUCAUGUUAGAAAAACAAUGAUAAGGUCAGGCAACAAUAAUGAGCCCACCGUAAUUUAUCUUUGUAUUUUGUCUUUCAGAUGGGCAGAGUGUCUUCAAUGUGACGGUGCUUAUUGGAUUAUUGUUAUUUCCGUCAUCGCCGUUGUCGUUGUAUGCGUCAUCAUCAUUAUACUCAAUCCCAGCCUGUCUAGCGAGCUUCGAGGACCCCUGUUUUUCUUCCAGGUCCUCCCUUUCAUCUUUAAACCAAACAACCAUGUCGGGCGGGUAGUAAUUUCUGUCGGAAACAUACUCAACUUUGGCGGCCCUUUCUUAUACUUCAAGCACAUGUGUAUUGUAAAAGGGAUGACGAAUUUGUUCGCUGUUGCCAUGGGAUACUUGAUGCCGCUUGUUACUCUUCUCGUCUUUAUUAUAUCUUACAUUCUAAGCGCAAAUUUUUACCUCGUGAGAUUCAAACUUCGUAAACAUUCGAGCCUACAGUCGUUCUGGCUGAUGACACUUUUUGUGUACAACUAUCUCGCCGUUACGUCUUUCAUGUUGCUGCACUGCCCCAAAGUUGGUGGGAAAUUGAUUUUCUUUUACGAUGGUAACGUGGAGUGCUUCCGAGGGGAACAUUUAGCAAUGACCGUAAUUGCAUUCUUGGUUCUGUUUGGCUUCGUUAUUUCCCUGCCUGUGGUUGUACUUAUCUUGACUAAAGGUUAUUGGAAGGUUGACCCACAGUAUGUCAACACGCUUAUCACUGGUCUGCGCCCGCAAUGUAGAUGGUGGUGGUCAGUGGAUAUGUUUCGGAGGUUGUUGUUGCUGUUCAGUUACUCGUUCAUUCCUCAUUGGUUCACAAAGCAGGUGAGUGUCAUUAACAAAAUAUGAUUUUUAAACGGAAAUCUAUUCAUAUUGAAGAAAUCACGAUGCUUUAAUCGGACAUUGAGGCACUACGCAACCAUUUUUAUUCGCAUUUCUAUUGGGAAACACUGAAAAAAAAAAAAAAAAAACGCGUUUGAUAUGACAAUUGUCAUGUUGCCACAAAAAUGAAAGUUCUAGAACUAAAGUCUCAAUCAUAACGGAAUACUUUUUCGGUCGUUGCAAGAAUCGGGGUCUACUUUGUAAGCCGAAUCCAUAAAUACAUGGCCCUUAGAAAGCAGCACAAUUUGAGGCGGAUGGUAAAUAACAUGGAAAGUAACUAAUCGUCUGCAACCUACAAUGGAAUACUUUGGUCUAGUCUCUUGACUUGUCUGGAGUAUCCUUGCUAAUAAGUAUUUCAUUUGUUUGCAUUGACUAAAAGAGGAAAAGCGAUACGUGCACAUUUUCCCAUCCUCAUUUUAGCUUGUGACGUCAACUCACAGGUCAAGAUCUAACUCUAACCUGUAUUAAAGUUUGGUGCUUCAUGUAUGCACCAAUCAGAUAUGAACUAAAUCGUUCCUGAAAUUCAUUCCGCACAUUUUCACACACAAAAUGUCGUUUGCAUGUUUUACUAUUAUUAUUAUUAGUAGUAGUAGUAGCAGCAGCAGCAGCAGCAGCAGCAGCAGCAGUAGCAGCAGCAGCAGCAGCAGCAGCAGCAGCAGCAGUAGUAGUAGUAGUAGUACUGUUAUGUCGAUGGGCUGUUGUGAUUCUAGAUGAAUAAAGGGAUCAAUAUCAGUAUCUGGGCAACUACCCACCUACCCCUCCACUAACCCAACAACAGUCUAUUGAUAACAAGUUAGGGUUAAUGUUGGGUUAGGGGAGGGGUAGGUGGGCUGUUGCCCAGAUACUGAUAUUGAUCCGAAUAAAGGGAGUAAGCUUCAAAAGAGACUAUGUUGCUGCGUCGGUGGGGGAAAGGGGGGGGGGGUUAGGGGGGGUAUUAGAAGAUAAUUUGGAUCUAUUAACCCUUUAACUCCCAUGAAGAACCAAGACAGAAUUUCUCCCUACAAUAUCGAUGCAAUAUCAACCAGAUAAGUGAUGAGAAUAAAGAAAAAUAUCAAUUUGGGGAUAACUAGUUGAUUUAAUACUAAAUUCUCUGAACGAACAUUAUAAGAAUAGUACGGUUGACAGAAAGGAGAAUUACAAAUUUGAUCUGGGAGUUAAAGGGUUAACUGAGUUGAUAAUGUGAAUUGGCUACCAUAAAGACGUAAAUCUCGUUUCGAAUCAGAGCGAAGGGCUAACGCUCGAAACGUCAGCGUAGAAAAACUCUCGCUGUGAUUACAGUGAACAUAAAACGCUCAAAUUAGUUUGUAUGUUUGGUCAUUUAGGUUGUCACGAUUAUCGUUUGCGCCUUCAUCCUGACUGUACACAGCAUGUUUCAACCAUACAGGAAGAAACAAGUUAAUGUGGUGGAAUCGCUGUACCUUUAUAUCCUGUGUGUGAUCGCCAUUAUGCAGAUCUUACAGGAGUCCGAUUAUAUCUCUGAUAUUGUUUGUUCCUUCCUGAUGAUAAUUACCACAAUGCAUGCCGGGGGAUUGACUUGUUAUAAAGCUGUAGGGUUCUUCGAGAGGAGAUUCAAGUGUUUAUGUCCAAAACCGUGUCCCAGCCAACGCAAUUACGGUUCAAUGGGGGAGACAGCUAUCGACAGAUCUAUUGAUGAAGCUCAGAGACGGCGCAAGGACAUUUUUGACACGAUAUUUGAUAAAUCUGAAGAUGAUAACGGGAAUUGAUAUGGCUGGAAUUAUUAUCAAAAUUUAAGUUUUUCCGGAUUGAGUUAUGAAAAUAACAUGAACCGUGCAGAUCUGGAACAGGAUUAUAUUUUAAAAAACUGGUACGAUGGAUAAAUCUUGAAUUAGUUCUAAAAGUUUAGUGGGACUUUAACUCCGAGGUGUAAGGGAGGAAUUUUCCCGAAUGACAUCAACGCAACUGAUUCUUACAGACAGAGGAGAGGCUCCUGUUCUUCAUUGGCAGCCCACUGAAGAUUCGAGGAUCAUAUCUUCUUUUAACAUCCCUAAGAGUGACAAGGUUCUAAUUUCUCCUUACAAUAUGACCCCUGAAUAAAAGGUUUAAGUCAUGAGGAUAAAGGAAAUGAUCAGCAACAAAAGAAGCUUCUGAUGGUUUUACAAAUUCUCCUUGUUAGAACCAAGGAAAUGUAUAGAGAACAGUAUGGAGAAUAUGCAUAAUGAUGUGAGGGUGUAAAGGGUUAACCUUUGACCCCUAAGAGUGAGUAGCUAUUGAAGAACUCUCUCUAGAUAUUUUUUUACACGGUUACGUUCAAAUCAAUGUUGAUGGAUACUUUUCAACGCUCAUACCGUUCGACCACAUGGCAUAUGAAGUCAUCAAAAAGUUUUUCCGUUCUCUUUGUUUUAAGUAGUUUGUUAAACAUAGUCAUGGGGGAUCAAUAUCAGUAUCUGGGCAACAGCGCACCUACCCCUCCCCUAACCCAACAUUCGCCCUAACUUGUUAUCAAUUGACUGUUGUUGGGUUAGGGGAGGGGUAGGUGGGUAGUUGCCAAGAUACUGAUACUGAUCCGACAUGGUUAGGGUAUUAUUCCUUUAACCCCUUGACCCCUAAAAGUGACCAGCAUCAAAUUUCUCAUUACAUUAUCACCACAGAAUCACACAUUACGGUCAUAAGAAUAAAGGAAAUGAUCACCAACUUAAGAAGCCCUUGAUUGUUAAACCAAUUCUCCUUACCAGCACGUAAGGAAACGUAAAGAACAGUAUGGAGAAUAUGUAUACUGAUGUUAGGGUGUAAAGGGUUUAUUAUCAUCCGGAGUUUUAAGUAAAGGUCAAAGUAUAUUACAUAACUUAAUUCGUGUAAGUGUCAGAGCUGAGAAUUAAUAUUUCGAUCACGGGGGGUUAAAAUUGAGCGUGUGAGAAAUACUUUACCCUGAAGAGGAG